GAGUCACUCGAUGCGCCCGGUCGCAUCACUUGAUGCGCCGGUCGCAUCACUCGAUACGCCCGGUCGCGUCGCAUCAGUAAGACGACUCGUCGAAUCGAUCCGUGCGUAGGGUCACUUCAAUCGAUACGCCGGUCGCCUCAAUUGGGGUUACAAGUCCUAUCAAUUUAACGCUACCUACUAUUAUAGUAGCAUUAGCAAAUAACAUCACACAUGAUUGCUUUGCUAAUUUUUUCAGACGAUGGCGCCCACGACCAUGCAGGAGUUAUGUCACAGAGUGCCAAAAGACCGGCAAGACUUCUUUAACCGCGUGGUUCAAAUAGUGGAGGACAAUUAUCCAACCGGCUGGGAUUUGUGGGAGGUUCAAGACUUAUCCUAUAUGGACCUAUUCGGCGAGAAAAUAUCAGCCAAGGUAGAAGCCAAGCUGAGGUUGGCGCUUCCAACAUAUGAACUAGCAGUGGCUUACUCUCCAGGCGACCCCUCGCUAUCUGAGAAGAAAUAUCGAUUAUUCAAGCGCAUUCUAUUGGAAUGGCCCUUGGGAAGGGCACUAUUAUAUGCGCCACAUAGUAUCAUGGAAAAAAUGAUUUAUAAGUACGGUUAAGCUACUGAAGCCUCGACUGACCUCCAGAGAUGUGGCAUCCAACAGCAUAUCUCAUAAAAGAAGCUCGGUGUCACCAGUAAGCUCCCGCAGCUGUAAAACACCACGCCGCGAAUCAUCCGCUUCAACCGCAAGCCCUGCGGAAAAGGAAGCACCCGCAUCGCAGGCCAUCUUAGAAAAAAUGAUGGAACUCUUGUCUCAACAGACUCAGGCAAUCGAAAAUAUUGCGAGUCGAGUGGCAAAUUCGGGACCGAAGAGUGACACAGCAGCUGCGGACUUGGACGAAUCUUUCGAAUUCGUACCAGACAGUACAGAAUCAGACAAUGAGUUUGGAGCCCCUUCCUUCGACAUAGGACCACAGGAAAAUUCUACAGCAUUAAAUGUUGUACCUGUUACUGAUUCCGAGGAAGCAAGACUUACAGCACAAAUUGCAAAGGCCCAAAGAAAACUGGCCGCUCUUAAAACACCAAACUCUGCAGAAUUUCCCGAUUGUGACUUUUUACCGCUCACCACGGAAACCGAAGCAAAGUUAGUCAAGGCUGAUCCGAAUCUGGCUGAUCAGGGCCGCAAGUGCCAACGCCUUAACGAAGAUGGCUGGAAAAACAUCCGUUUUUCCGAAGUUCAAAAAACUUUCCACGCCACUCCAGUGUUUGCGGCACUUAAGGUCAAAGAAAUUCAGAAACAUCUAGUUGCUCCCGACUGCACCUUUAAGAAAAUCUCAGAUGGACUAUUGCUAUGCUAA